CCUCCUCAGACCCGGAAGUGAGAGAAGGAAAACACGUGGAAGUUGGCCAAGGAGCAGCAGAGCCCGGUCCACUUUGCGUCCAGCUCAGGACCGGCAUGGAUGACCAACAGGCCCAGGAGCUGCUGGCCUUCCUUGGCCCUGAAUCCCGCCCGGACCUGCGAGCCCAAGCCGUCCAUUGCGUGGCAGGGCUGACGGUCACUCCGGAGGGCAGGCGGCUCCUGACCACCCGGCCGGACUUUGUGGAGGCCCUGCUGGCCCUGACUGCUGACCCUUCCACGGAUGUGGCCAAGGAGGCCUUCCACGCCCUCAUCAACCUGGCCGCGGAGCCGGGCACACACAUCAUCCUGGCGAAGGGUCUGCCUGACCUCUUGGACCUCCUGCUGGACCCCGGGAGCCCCCUGGCUGACCAGGCCUGCGCCCUCCUCUCCAACUUCUCCAGGGAGGAAUCCGCCGCCCGGCAACUCUUGACCGCUCUGCAGAGGGAGAAGGAGAGUGGACUGGUGGCUCUGGUGGACGCCCUCGGGGGCGCCGACCCCCAGGCCGGACUCCACUACCUGGGGCCCCUCCUCUCCAACCUCAGCCAGCUCCCCGAGGCCCGAAAGGUCCUCCUUGACCCCUCCAGAUGUGUCAUUCAGAAGCUGCUCCCGUUCACACAGUUCAUGGCCUCGGACGUCCGCCGAGGAGGGAUAGUCGGGACCCUCCGGAACUGCUGCUUCGAAUACCGGUGCCACGAGUGGCUCCUCGGCGAAGAGGUGGACCUGCUGCCCUUCCUCCUCCUCCCUUUGGCCGGUCCGGAGGAGUUCCCAGAGGACGAGAUGGAAAAGCUGCCCCUGGACCUUCAGUACUUGCCGCCGGAGAAGCAGCGGGAGCCUGACCCCGACAUCCGCAAGAUGCUCUUGGAGGCCAUCAUGCUGCUGACGGCCACCAAACCGGGACGGCACCUGGUCCGAGAGAAGGGCACCUACCUGGUCCUGCGGGAGCUGCACCGAUGGGAGACGGACCCUGGCGCUCGGGCUGCCUGCGAGAAAGUGAUCCAGGUCCUGAUUGCCGAGGAGCCUCCGUCCGGGAUGGAGAACCUGUUGGAGGUGGAGAUCCCCACCAAGGUGGAGGAAGAGCUGCAGCGCCUGGACCAGGAGGAGGAGGAGCAAUUGCAGAAGGAAGGUCUGGCGGCUAGCAAGAGGCCCGAGCCUUGCCCCGAAGGGCUGCGAAGAUGAGGGGCAGAGAUACCUGGCAUCGGAGGCCGUCACUGCCCGACUAGGAGGGCCAAAGUGCGGCCAAAGAGACGUGCCUUCUGUGCCAAAUACUUCAACCUGCAGGACACUGGCCCCUGCUGCACCAGUGAAUCGAGACCUUUCCUGCCCAAAUGACUGCCCUCGUUGGGUCAGUUUGGAGACUUUGUUGUGGCCUCCCCCAAGGCCAGGAAGAGGAAGUCAUGCCAUUCUGGCUGUGCUCCGGCACCAAUAAAGCACACCUAGCCUGGACCAGGAGCUAGAAAAUGCAUUAUUACAAGGGUUGAAUGGAAAGUAAUGCUUCCACCUUGGUAACUCCUCAACAGGUGGUAGUCCUGGUCUGCGGCAGGUCCUGGCUUGUUAAGUAGACUCUCCUCUACAGUUCCAUUUGGCGGGAAGCCUUAGCAUUGAACGGUUGUGUUGUUAAAGUGCGAAGUAGGGAACCCUGAACAGACGGGGAAGCCUUAGCAUUGAAUGGUUGUGUUGUUAAAGUGUGAAGUUUGGAACCCUGCGCAAAUGGUUGGUCAAUGCGACUUAAGCAACAUGCAGUCAUUGAAUUCUUGAUGGCAGAAGGUGUCACCCCAAAGGAGAUUCAUCAGAGAAUACAAGUUGUUUAUGGGGAUUGUGUUGAUGUGAGUCCUGUGCGUCAUUGGGCGAGUAAGUUGAAAGAUGUUGAGGUGGGAACAUCUGACUUGCGUGACAGACAAAGAAUUGGAUGUCCUGUGACAGCCAUCACUGAGUUUCACAAGCAAAUGGUGGACAGAUUGAUUCGGGAUGAUCGUCGUAUCCCUCAGAGAGAAAUUUCAAGCAUCAUCGGCAUUUCACAAGAACGUGUGGGUCACAAUAUUGCUUUGCUUGGCUAUCAGAAGAUCUGUGCACGAUGGGUCCUUUGAGACGCCGGUUGCGGAAACAGAGUGUCGACUUCUUCCGUGACAACUUUAGAAAACUUGUUCAUCGUUGGCAGAAAUGUAUCCAAUUGUCUGGUGAUGAUGUGGAAAAGUGAAUAGUGGUCGUUAAAGAGCACAUUCUCAGGAUUAUUUCUGCGUUUGGUUUAUUAAAAUAUUCCCAUCCAAACCCAAGUAACGAAGGUGGAGGCGUUACUUUUCAUUCAACCCUCGUAGAUCGAAAUGCAUUGGCAGUGAAUCAAAUGUGCAAAAUACAGUUCUAAUGGACGUGUGGUCGCACACCUGCAGAAUGAGUAAGUGGGUAGUGAUGUAUGACCUAAGGGACAUGUUGAAAAGGCUGGGUCAUGAUCAUGUGAUGUUCAUGACAAAGGGCUGCAUCAUUCAUUUGUCCCUUGAUGACGGGCCAUCGGGUGGGUAUAAAAGAAGGCAGGACAUGCUCAUUCUUUCUCUUGCCAUCAUGUCUCUUGACUGUGUUUGUUGCCUACAUCGUGAGUAUAUUGCUGUGUAUGCCAUUAACUGGUCGUGGAUCAGUUGAUCCUGAUCUGUGUGCGUACCUGUACAUAGAGGAACGUGUUGAGAUUAAAAGCCUCCUGAUAUUUUUGCAUGAAAAUAGAAUCAGUGAGUUUUUCUAAACAGCGUGCAGAACAAGGUCAGGCGUUGCAAUUAUACUCUGCUGAUAAGAAGGCUGCUGUAUUUGUCUGAGGCAUUGGGUCCAGUGUGCAGCGUUUCCAGGGAGGGUGUGAUUGGAAAACUAUAAAUCACACACCUAUCCCAUGACAGAGCUUUGGGCAAGAGGUUCGUGCUAUGGCUAAGCAUUGUGGUCCCUUUGAAGGGGUCACUGAACCAGAGUGACUCCAUGUUGGAUGCCUGUCUGUUUGAAAUUAUUAAUUAGUCUCUCCUUCAGAAAUGAUCUUAAAAUUUGCAACUUGCUGUCUUGUUACAAAAUAGCAUGUGUCCUGUAUGUUUAGCAAGAAUCAGUUGUGGUUAAGCUUGUGGUGAAGCCGAUUCUGAGAAAUGUAUGCAAUACAUGUACUUUUGCUCCACCUGUGACGGUUUGUGGUGAGCUACAUCCUGGAGUUGUUUACAAGUCAGGGUGUGCAGCCCACCGCAGGCCGUGCUGGUGGUUUUUCCAAGGAACUAAAAUGUGAUAAAACAAGUAGGGUAUAUAAGACCCCGAGCAGAUUCGUUCGGGGCAGACAAUCUUUGCUCGCUUCACUGCAGCGUGAGGCUAUUGUCUGUCUGUAGCUACAAUAAAGGUGUUUGUCCUCAA